AUGUACAGCAGCGGCUCUGGCGUCGCGAUCUCGAGCAGGCACGGCGUUGGUGGGGAGAGCCGCGACGGCUGGAAUCUGUCCCCACCGCUGAAGGACGUUGCAGGAGGCCCCUUCAUCAAGGUCAAGAGCGUCGCGCUCAGCACCGAUGUUCAGACCCCAACUGAGAAGCAAAUCCGUCAUCGUGCCCUGCUCGACGCCAGCUCACUCGUCAACAAGCCGGCGGCUCUGUUGUACAACGCCUCCGACAGCAUUCCCCUCGAUGCACGCUUCUUCCUCAUCGACAGAAUCACCGGCGAGCAGCUCAACGCCACGGGCAUCCUCGCCCUUUGCGCCAGCGAGGGCGAGGACUGCAGCUUUGGCAAAGGCGCCUCCGAGACGGAGCUCGAGCUGCGGCAGUACCUCAGCCGCGACAGCACGAUCCGCUCGGAGGCUCUCUUUGACGCCACCACCAUCGAGGCAGCAGGUGCGGCAACGGCCAACGUCUCGGUCGUGUACUCCCAAGAGAUCGAGGUCGAGAUCUUCUCGAUCGCCAUCGUGGAGAAGGGGCAGACGCUUGAGGAAGUGGCGGCAAACUUGACCUUGACGGUCGCGGCGCAG